GGCGGGAAGGAGCCUGCGCAGAUGCAGGUGGACGGGUUGGGGUCAGUACGCUGCGCAGAGCCGGCAGGCAGGCGUUGGGCCGGUUGCGUCUUGGUGGGAUGUGUCUCUGGUCCAUCAGAGUUAGCCUUUCCUGGUUAAGUCAUGAGCAUAAACCAAGAGUUGUCCUCCUCGUUGCGGGUGCAGGUGGAGAAGGGGCUGUUGCAGCCGCCGUUGGAGUACCGGCCCCAGUGGCCGCUCAGCCUUCGCGAGCGGUCACUGUUCCCGCCGCCCGUGGACAACCCCUUCGUGAAGGAGAGACACUUCAGCGUGUCGCGCUGGGUCUGCAUCACGCUGGGCGGCCUGCUCCUGCUGCCCUUGCGUUUCAUCAGCUUGCUUCUGCUGGUCCUCGUCUCGUGGCCAUUGGUCAUCUUGGCCACCGCCUUCUACCCGGCGAAGCUGACCCAGCCCGUGAAGUCAUGGAGGCGGCGGCUCACCAGCCCGCUGCUGCAGGUGCUGGGCCGCAUCUUCUUCUUCCUUAUGGGCUUCCUAGUGAAGGUGAAGGGGGUGCCUGCCAGUGCCCGCGAGGCGCCCAUCUUCGUGGCCGCCCCGCACUCCACCUUCUUCGACGGCAUCGCCUGGGUCAUCACCGGCUUGCCGUCCAUUGUGUCUCGGGAGGAGACCGCCAACUUCCCGUUCAUUGGCAGGCUACUACUGGCUGGACAGCCGGUGCUCGUGUCGCGCACCGACCCAGAUUCCAGAAAGAACACGGUUAACGAAAUUAAAAAGCGAGCCACGUCCUUAGGGAACUGGCCACAGAUCUUGAUUUUCCCCGAAGCCACCUGCACCAACCGCACAUGCCUGAUUACUUUCAAACCGGGAGCCUUCGUUCCUGGAGUCCCAGUGCAGCCGCUGCUGCUCCGGUACCCCAACAAGCUGGACACCGUGACCUGGACGUGGCAGGGCAGUUCCGCCCUCCAGCUGUUCCUGUUAACCCUCACACAGCCUUUCACCAAUAUGGAACUGGAGUUCAUGCCCGUUUACAUCCCUGACGAUGACGAGAAAAAUAAUCCUGUCCUUUAUGCCAGAGGAGUACGGAACGUCAUGGCCAAUGCCCUACAAUUGCCCGUCACGGAUCAUACCUAUGAAGACUGCAGAUUGAUGAUUUCGGCAGGAAAGCUGACCUUGCCUAUGGAAGCUGGCUUGGUGGAAUUUACCAAAAUUAGCCAGAAGUUGAAUUUGGAUUGGGAUACUAUAAGAAAACAUUUGGAUGAAUAUGCAACGAUUGCAACUUCCUCAAAAGGGGGCAGAAUCGGAAUCGAAGAGUUUGCCAGGUAUUUAAUGCUUCCGGUUACUGAUACCCUGAAGCAACUCUUUGGGCUUUUUGACCGUAACCAUGAUGGUACCAUAGACUUUAGAGAAUAUGUGAUUGGGCUCUCUGUCCUGUGCAACCCUGCCAACACAGAAGACCUUAUCCACAUGGCUUUUAAGCUCUUUGACAUCGAUGAGGAUGGCUAUGUAACAGAAGGAGAGUUUGCCAGCAUUCUACAGGCUUCUCUUGGCGUUAGAAACCUUGAAGUUUCAGGUCUCUUCCAGGAAAUAGCCAAAGAAAAUUCGAAUUACAUUUCCUUUUCAGAAUUUAAACGUUUUGCUAUGAAGAAUCCAGAAUAUGGCAGAUUGUUUACUACAUACUUAGAACUCCAGGCGAGCCACGUGUUUCCAUUACCAAAAGACAUUAAGUUUGCAAGAGUGAAUGCAGAUAGCAAAGUAAGCCCAGAAAAUGUUGAUGAAGGUUUCUCAGACAAAAAAAGUAACUGAAAACUUAUUUUUACUGAGGAAAAACUCCAGAGCUUUUAUUUUUAGGCUUUACAGGUAUUGAUGGAUAUUUAAAAUGUGCUUGUACUUUAUUUGGGCUGUUCAUUACCAACUUUCUCCUAAGAAGGCCUAAUGAUUGCAGUAUCUUGGGAACAAAUUAGGAAGCAGUUUGACAAAACAUGUUCAUCUGAUGUAGUUGUUAGCAUAUUUAAGUUUUGAGUAGAGCCUGAACCCUAAGUGGAGGAGCACUCUUAUACACUGAAGCACCUCAACCACACCCCCAACAUAUAUUAGCAGAGUUAUUUUAAGAUUGUUAUACCUUAUAUUAAGAACUCCCCCAGUAUUUUUCAAGCCAGAGGGGCUUCAGUGGACACGUCUCCUUUAUUUCUCUGGUCCAGCUGACACAAAUUUUCUACUUCCAGCAUAAAAUAAAAACAGAAAGCUAUUGUUUCAAUGGCUGAGACAGGUUUAUAUACCAUAUAAGGCUGCCUCCUGUCAUUACUAAAUGACAGCAUAGGGAACAAAAACUUUGACUUUGGUUUGCAAAGAAUCAGCCUUGUGUACCAAUAACAACAAUACUUGCCUAAUCUGCCCUUACAAAUGAAGGUACUGAAAAUAAUACGAGAGUGCUAGGAGCAAGCAUACAUGUUGAACUUAUAAAAAAGACUUUAUUUUCAUUUAUUUUAGAAGAAUUGGGAAGAUGACAGUCAAAACUGCUUUGGAAAAGAAGUCACUGUACAAGGUUCAACAGCCAAUUUCAGGGAUCAUAAACUCCAGUGGAGAAGUUUGUGCUAAACCUGAACUUCAUCAAUUUCCCCAAAACAGCCCUCAGAAGUGAGAGGACUGCUAAAAAUAGGUUAACAGAUGGUGCCUACUCAAAAGGUUAUAUAGAUGAUGUUCUUCUACACUUAAUGAAAAUUCAACUAGCAUAUCUCUUAAGAAGCCAGAUUAUGGGAGUAGGAUUCUUUAAAUCUGAUGGAUGAGUGUCAUGAAAGUCAUACAAAGAUUAGGCCCUAGGACAAGACAAACUGAAGUAGGAGAUAGCAUCCUUUAUCUUCAUCUUUCUCCUUAUUCCAUUAAAUUCUUCUCUAUCUCCUUCAUUUCAGAUACACAAUGUCUUUAUGAUUUCCUUUAAUAAUCUGAUAAAAUCCUUUACACUUAAGAGAGUGUCACUAGGAAGGAUCUUAGAGGAUAAAACCUAAAGACAAAGGAUUGAAUUUCAGUGGUAGAAUUUUAAGUAGGUCCUUGGGGGAAGAUCCCCCUCCCCCCAACUCCUGGGUAUUUGUCCUCCUUUCUCCCCUCAAUUUACACUACUAGAGUAGUGGCUUACUUUGCCUAAAAAUGAGGUCAAUUCGUGUCAUAGAAAGUAACCCUACUCUCAAGACCCUAUUCUGCUAUUUAGUCCAGAGCACCUGAGAAUAAUUCAGUUGCUGCUUCAUCAGCUGACAGGAAAACAGGCUGAAGGUAAUAGGAGUAGGGUUGGGUAGGAUUAUAUCUUUAAGGUUUUUUGUAGGUUGGUUAAUAUGUUAAGAUUCCAUCACGAUUCAUUAUACUUUUUUCUUUCAUGUACUUAAAAUAGCUUUAAACUUUAUUUUCAAUUCGAAGCAUAGGGUAUUCCAAAGUAAGUUAUGCUAAAAUCUGGGUGGGUAUCAUAGUUCGAGUUUUGCACUUUUGGUCUUCAUUUGUAUUCUUGCCACUUUUAUUAUGUAACAGAAUGUUGAAAGUACUUUUCCUGUUAUAUACCCAUUGGGGUACAAUGUUUCCAAUUCAUUCCAAAAUCAGUUAUAAAUGUUUUUGGAUUAUCUUAAUGUUUUGUAAUAUCAGUCAGUGAACAAAGAUUUGUUAAGUUCCUACUGUGUGCUAGACCCUGGGGAUAUAAAGACAUGU